GUCACAGCGCUGGAAGGGUGGAGAUUUAAAGCAAACUUUCUCAGGAGCUCCUUCAGUCGCAGAUCAGAGCCACUUCAUCACACCUGAGAUACAGGGCAACUGCAAAUGGACUAAAGAUCCUCUUUACAACAGAAGAACAAUGCCAUCGAGAUGUUCCACAGUGCUGAGGGUUAUUGGCACCACCGUCUUUGCCUUGGCUGUCCUGCUGGGAAUCCUGGCGGCCUACAUUACCGGCUACCAGUUCAUCCACACAGAUCAGCACUACCUCUCCUUCGGACUGUACGGGGCCAUCCUGGCCCUCCACCUCUUCUUCCAGAGCCUCUUUGCUUUCCUGGAGCACCGGCAGAUGAGGAAGGAGGCCAGGAAAGAGAUCCUGAGCAAGACAGUGGCCCUGUGCAUCGCUGCCUUCCAGGAAGAUCCUGACUACCUGAAGAAAUGCCUCCAGUCUGUCAAAAGGAUCUCCUUCCCCAACCUCAAGGUGGUCAUGGUGGUGGAUGGCAACAACCCCGAUGACAUGUACAUGAUGGAGCUCUUUAACGAGGUCAUGGGAUCUGAGCUGACAGGCACCUGUGUGUGGAAGGGUAAUUACCAUGUGGCCCCCAAUGGAGAGAAGGACUACACCCUGGAGGAGGGCUCCAGGCGGGUGACUGAGGUCGUGAGGAACUGCAGGUACUCCUGCGUCAUGCAGCAGUGGGGCGGAAAAAGGGAGGUCAUGUACACAGCCUUCAAAGCACUUGGGGACUCAGUGGAUUAUAUGCAGGUGUGUGACUCGGACACUGUCCUGGAUCCUGCUUGUACCAUGGAACUGCUGAAAAUCAUUGACCAGGAUCCCAAAGUCGGAGGAGUUGGAGGGGAUGUGCAGAUCCUGAACAAGUACGAUUCAUGGAUCUCCUUCCUGAGUAGCGUGCGCUACUGGAUGGCCUUCAAUGUGGAGAGGGCCUGCCAGUCCUACUUCGGCUGCGUCCAGUGCAUCAGUGGGCCCCUGGGCAUGUACCGCAACUCCCUCCUGCAGCAAUUCCUGGAAGACUGGUACAACCAGACCUUCCUGGGCAGCAAGUGCAGCUUUGGGGACGACCGCCACCUCACCAACCGGGUCCUGAGCCUGGGCUACAAGACCAAAUUUACUGCCAGAUCCACGUGCCAGACCGAGACGCCUACAAAGUACCUCCGGUGGCUCAACCAGCAGACACGCUGGAGCAAAUCCUACUUCCGCGAGUGGCUCUACAACGCCCUAUGGUUCCACAAGCACAACCUGUGGAUGACCUACGAGUCCGUGGUGACCGGCUUCUUCCCCUUUUUCCUGAUCGCCACUGUUAUCCACCUCUUCUACCGGGGCCGCAUAUGGAAUAUCCUGCUCUUCUUUCUUACGGUGCAGCUGGUGGGCAUGAUCAAAGCCACCUACGCCUGCUUCCUCCGGGGGAACGUGGUCAUGAUCUUCAUGUCUCUUUACUCGCUCCUCUACAUGUCCAGCCUACUCCCGGCCAAGAUGUUCGCCAUAGCCACCAUCAACAAAGCCGGCUGGGGCACCUCUGGCCGGAAGAAGAUUGUGGUCAACUUCAUCGGCCUCAUCCCCGUCACUGUGUGGUUCGCCAUCCUGCUGGGAGGGAUCUCCUACACCAUCUACUGUGAGACUCAGGACCCUUUCAGUGAGACUGAGAUAGCCUUCCUGAUCGCUGGGGCCAUAAUUUACGCCAGCUACUGGAUCAUACUCCUCAUCCUCUACUUGGCCAUUGUGGCCAAACGGUGCAGCAAGAGAGAGGAGCAGUACAACCUGGCGUACGCUGAGGCCUAAACAUUCUGGUGCUACAUAUAUAUCAACCGUAACUGGGCAAUGCAGUAAACUAUUUUCAGUCUUAAAGCACAUAUUAGGGGUAAAACCCCUGGCCCUAACUCAUUUAAAGACCACAGCACUUGAAUUGAGAGAAAAGCAGCAUGGUUACUGUAUGCUGCAAAGGUACUAAGACUGAGUGGGGAAAACAGGUUCUAAAGGGUUCCCAGGUAUAUUUCCAGCAGUGCCAACUUAUUUCCUACCUGUUGCUAUUGGAUGCAAUAUAUUCAAUUAAGACUGAUGAACAAAGUAAUGAAGAACAAAGUGUUGGACUCAUUUGUUGUUAACACUUAAUCAGGUAUUAAAAUAGCAAAGAAGUCCAUUUUAAUCUCUAUGUUGCCUUACAUUUAUUCAAAGCAAGGUGUCUCUUGCGUAUUUCUAAAAUUGAUUGUCUUUACUUUACAUCCCCAAUACCGGGAUGUUUUGGAGGCACACGUACAAGUACGUACAUCAGACCUACAUUUUUAGAUGCAUGUAAAGAUCACCAAGGCGUGAUCAAACUUAGCAUGGCUAUUUGUUAGCAGUAACGUUCGUUAGACCCUGAGAGUACAAAAAUCUAUGUCAUGUUGACCAACUUAUUCAUGGAUUCUAGCUUGUGAUUAGUUGAGCAGAUCACUAGUAAAAGCUCAAUAUCUUUGGAUGGACACAACAAACAUGUAUUUUACUAAAACAAAUGCAGCUGUAACAACCAUAAAUUCCAUAGACAAAUGUCUAAACGCCAAGCAGACAAACAUUUAGGCUAAUCUUUUUUCUUGUAAAUUUGACCACAGUCCAGUACAUACUUUUUCCUGGUUCUAUUUUACUUCAAAAAUCCUAUUGAGUUUUUACACAGCAAUUCCGUGUACCAGUUCAGCGAACUAUAAAGGCAACUCAAAAUACUCACACAUAACUAACUACACAAUCUAUGCAUACAAGUGAAUUAAUGAAAUGCAUGGUAUACUGAUCAUUUUGAGUGCACAACAAAACCCUUGUUCAACCAGGCCGCACUUGGUGCCAAUAACAGUGCAGGGCAAUAAUUUUGUGAUGCAAGGUAUCUCAAUUGCCCAUGCAAGACAUCAAACAUGUAUAGUACCAGCUAUGGUUCCAGCACACUGGUGAAUAUUUUAAUAAGUCCAAUAUUGUAUUUAAAGAUUUCAUAAACAAUAUGAUGCGUUUUUGAUGUUUUCAUACUCUGAAUUUUUCUAUUUAUUUCUUUAAACAAAACUGCUGAUGUUUUGUAAUUUACGAGUACCUCAGUCAUUGAGCCUUUAUUAACAAAUUGAAAUGCAUUGAAAGCAAGACUUUUUGUUUGUGUUUUUAUUUAAUUUUGUAAUUUAAAUAUUCUGUUACAACCAAAGAAAAUAAUUUCCAAGUGUUGAGAACCUAUACAAACGUAGGAGACAAAAUUUGGUUUAAACAAUGUAGGGAUUGAUUUGUUUUUAGCCACAUAUUUAUUAAACUUCCAUUUAGGUCAAGGACAAGCAAGAUGUUUGCAAUGCCAAAAGUUGUGUGUGCUUUGUGAACCUGGAAGAGCAAUCUGAAUUUCACUGCUGAUGUGCACUGUGAGAAAUGUAAAGCAGUUUAAUGCACUGUGCAUUAGUCAGUCUGCUGAAUGAUGCUCAUUUGCUGCUAUUUGAAAGUCAAUGUGAUUAGGGUUACAAUUUGGCUGCAGGUGCUCCGGUACAGUUUGUGUCAGUUAGGUUUUUUUUUACUAGUAACCCAGUGCAGAGGUACCAUUUUCAGGACUACACACACCACAGCAUUGUACUGCAGGCAAGUUAAAAAACAGGAACUGUCGAAAAUUGUCACAGUAACCUUGAGCCAUUAUGAUCACCUAAAUGUGAUGAGAAGGUCUUUAGAUGUGGAUUGCACUGGCCUAGGGUAGUUAUUUGGGAUAAGGACGGGUAUGGAUUAUCUAAGCAGUUUUCACUUUCUCAAAUGAUGUAGAUAAUGCAGUAUAUUUUGAUGAUCUUAACAGUUCUAAAACAUGUUUUAUUGUGAACUUUAUUCCAUUGUAUUUCUUAUUGCGAAACUAAUGCUAAUGAAUAAUUCCAUAUCUUACCCUCCAUUUUUUCGAUCCCAUACCCCUCGACUUACAAAGUUAUUUCUAAGUAAUUUGUCAUUUGUUCACUUGUUUUCUCCAGUAAGGAACCACUUUUUAUUUGUAUUUUUUUUCCUAUAAAAUCUGUAAUUUUGGUGUUAAUUCAAGACAUAUUUAUAAAAUUAAUCUCAGUAUUCAAAUGUUUGAUCCCAGGGAAAUACAUCCCAAAUGUUUUCGGUCCACGUUGAUAGAACAGAUCACCAGCUCAGUCUGCAAUCCUACAUGCACUUUAUUAAGUACUAAAUUUGUAAUGCACGUCUUUCUAAUGCAUUACAAGACAUUGCCUUGACUUAUACUGUAUACAUAGCAGUGCUUCCACGGAUGUAUUAGUGAGCUGUAAGAUCGUAGACAUUUCAAAAUGGAUAGCCACUGGCCUCCGAGGUCAUAUUACUUUAUAGCCUUGUUUAAUUUGCAUGUGGUAAAGAGUUAUGAUUUUUGGCUGGUUUCACAUAACUAAUCCAGAAAUACCUUACCUUGGGUAACAUUAGGUAUUCCAAGAUUAGUGCUAAUUGGGGUCUGUGAAACCAGAAAUUAGCAUCUUUGGGGGGGAAUACAUUUUAAUUAUCUGAACAAAAGACAAAAUACAGCCAGCCUUAAACUCUAUAUUAACCCCACUGGUGUUUCAAUAUAAAACAACUAAAUCCAACAUAGUCGGAAGAGGUUUGCAUGUCCAGUAUUUAGAUUAAUUACGGUUUAGAUUAAUAAUAUAGACCCUUUGUCUUUUUAGUUUGAAACCAAACAACUAUGCAGCUACUUAUAUAUAUGGAUAAAUAUAUAUUUUUUAUUUUGUAAAUUAUCAACGUAUAUCUACUUUACACACAUUAUUAUUAUUAUUAUUAUUAUUAUUAUUAUUAUUAUUAUUAUUAUUAUUAUACAUUGGGGAUUGGAGCAGCUUUGAUAGUAGCACUUUAGAAAAUAGUUCAGUAGAAUGGAUGCUGAAAAGAUAAUUGCCUGUUGAACAUCACUGCUGGUGAGUCCAGUCUUAGGUGCAGUAUUUCUUUUGAGUUAUUUGUGUUACAUUUCCACAGCACUGGAAACCUAACAUUUGAACCCACUACUGCCAUCUAGUGUUUGGUGGAGCACCACAAGGAAUAGUCAGUACAAUUAUGUAGAAAUAUUGUUCAUUUCAAUCUGUUGGGUUGCUGAAAUGUCUCAUUUAGAGAGAAGUAUCUACUUGGUGCUGCACCCUUCCUUCCUUGUUUAUACAAGCAGUUUAUACACUCCGUCUUUUAGUUUCCUUGUACCAGUUUAAUAUCUUCCAGGACAUGUCAGGUUUUACCUUAAAGAGUAAGCAGGUUUGUUAUUUUUAAUCGUCCCCUUACAUUUUCAUAAUGUUUAUAAUCAUUCUUAAUAGUUUUUUUUUGGAUAGGUACUUUGACUAUUAGAUCAGGCACUGCUCUUCAGUUCCAGUUGCCGGUCAUGUCAUAUGUAAUGUCAGCUCGAUCAGCCAGUCUCAUACAGGGGUGGUCAACGUUGGCACUUCCAACCCUGUUCUAAAGUGUUUAAUUGAACCAAUUAAACCUCCACCCAGACCAACUAGUUAAUCAUCUCAUUGUAUCUGUUAAACCUGAAGUGGAGUGGCCCUCCAGGACCUGUGCCAUUCAGUGCACAGCAGCGUAUUGCCAACAAAACAAAAAUAAACUUGUUUCCAAAGUGGAACAUCACUGAGAUGAUGCUGGCUCUUGGUACUAUAUACACUUCUAGCCAGAUCGAGUCUAGAUUACAUAAAUCACACGUGCCAAGGUACAGGGCCCUGUAGUGGCAAAGUUCCAUCUCUCUACAGUUAAUUGCAAUGAGGCCAUCUGACUAUAACCACCCCUGUAUCUUAUCAUAUGUUACCACAGUUAAAAUAAAGAGAAGGUUUACAGUGCUUUCAAACUGGGUUUGAUUUUCUUUGGUUGGGGAAAAGACAUUAAUAUAACCCAGCAGUUGCAUUUAAACAACAGGUUUUACAUAAGGUAACAAUAAAAAAUGUAAAUAAAUAUAUUUUUCUAUUAUGUAUUUUUUAAACUGUAUAUUUAAUACCAUGGAUGCUGGUAAUGAGUGACCUGUGUAACCUAGCUGAAUUUCAUGGUAAAAUGUUUUAUUUUUCUUUAUG